AUGGAGUCCUCUGUGCAGGAUAAAAUAGAGUAUCAGACCUACCACAGAGUAAUAAUCUACACCUGGGAGCACCUCAUAACCGCACACCGCAUGGUAUCGUAUGAUUUAGGAGCAAAUGACCACAGCGCUCGCCUCCGCCCGCAGCCAGUGGGUCGUGUGAGGAUUACUCGAUCGAUUUCCAUUACUCGAGAGAAACUCUCCGGAGGUUUCUAUUACUCGAGAGGAACUGCGGGCCCAGACUCUAUCCUUACGUAA